AUGAGUUCCGGCUACGAGCUUCACCAAAAGCUACGCACCAAAACCGUCCGUCAAGUCAAAAAGAAACAGUACGAUGAAGCCAUCUCCACCCUUCACCAAGGUGCACUCGACCUUCUCGCCCAAAAAGAACAAGGAUCUGGUUGCGAUCUUGCCAUCUACAUGAUCGAUGUUUACGGGAUUAAGAACCAGGCCGUAGAUUCGGAGAGUCGUGAUCGGAUUACCGACAUCCUUACAGCAGCCGCACCUGAUUUUUGGCGCAAAAAGGUCGUCGAUGCAGCUGUGAAAUGGAGCGUUAAAGCAAGCGAAGCACCCACUGGUGAUCCUUUGCUGCGUUUGUUCGUUGCAAACAUGUACGCUAAAGAUGGAGAAUUUGAACGUGCAGAGCAGCACUUCUUGGCGAGCUGUGUCGAGACAGAAAAGACCUACGCUGUGGAAAGUGCACCCAAGGCUUAUGCUCAGGCGCAAGCAGACUGGCUUGCAAAGUUCGCCUCCCAAGCAGCAGAACAACCGGGGGAAACGCGAGGAGCUGAUGCAAUCCAACGCAUCGAAGCAGGUCGAUUUGCUCUUCGUGCCACCAUCCCUCUUGUUGCAAACCGUGCGGCUAAACAAGCAAUUGCGUUCCAAGACGCAUAUCUCUCCAUCGUCACCAAGUCCCAGAAAUCCCUUCUACUACCAGUCACUCCCAACCCUCGUCCCUUCGUCCCACCCGGACCCCCAGCUUCCACCACUAGCAGCAGCGGUUUGCAGCUAUACCUCACAGCAAAUGCAGACCUGAACUUCUCCCAAAUGGCAGUAGCCCUGGUCUCCGAAUCUUUCAAACUCAAAUCCUCCAACCCUGCAGCGCCUACACCAGACUGGCUCCGCAAUGCAUGGAUCAACCUAGUCCGCCGAUACGAAAGAGAAGCACCCGCUUUGAGCCAGGAAGAUGGUGUGAGAGCAGCAAUUCCAAGUAUCGGAGCGGAGUGGUUUGGGCUGCAGCAGCAGAGGAAUCAGGGGAAUAUGUUGUCGGAUAUGAUGGCUAGUUUGUUUGGUGGUUCAGGCGGAGCGGGUGAUGCGGGUGCAGGGGCGGGUGCUGCGGAGAGUAAGGCGACAACGGGACAGAUUAAGGGCGCUGGUGCUCCACCUAAGCCUUUGUCUGCACCAACAAGCGCGCCAGCGGUAGGAAGCUCGGCACCUGCGCCUGCGGCUACAGCCGAUGAGUUGGUUGAUGAUGAGAUGGAUUAG